UACCUACAUUAUAAAUAUUUUUCUAUGUGUGUCGUUUUGAUUUCCAGCCCGCCUUGAAUCCCAUGUAUAAAUCUAAUAAAUAUGAGAAGUUAAUGGAAGUCAAGCGCAACUUUUUAAACCGAUAAGCAAAAGCUGUAAAUAUUCUAAUCCCUGGCCUGGUAGAAAUGAAUAUAGCUCGGAAAUGAUUUAAACUAAACAUAAUUGGAACACUAACCUGUUUGCCCCGUUACCACGACAACGGUUAAACAUCACUCUAUACAUCUUACAAUUUAAAAGGGAUCUUGUAUAAAAUAUUACCGUAUAUAAUAUUUAUGUAGAUUUUGAAUUCACUGUAUUGUGAGAUCUAAAAUAUGGCAACUAACACCCCACCACAUAUAUCAGCACACAUAUUCUACGGCUUGAGAACAGAUAUUCAAUAUAAUGCCCAUUACAUGACUGAUUCCGAAAUUAUUUAUCCCGCCGGUGGAGUUAUUGUGAUCCAUAACCAUAUACAAAAGAAACAGAAGUUUAUAAGACUUCAGGACAAACACAAACCAAUCAAAUCGUUGGUGUUGGCUCCUAACAGACGUUGGUUAGCGUUAAACGAGAUUGCCGAAGAGGGUCAAAAACCAAUUAUAACCAUUUACGAUCUAACUACAUAUAAAAGGCGUAAAAUUCUCACUGUACCUUUCGAGAAUUCAACCGCUCGUGAAUUUGCCUGUGUACAAUUUACGUAUGAUUCAAAAUAUUUGGUAGCGAUAACUGGCGAGCCAGAUUGGUAUUUAUAUUAUUAUAAUUGGGAUAAAGGCAAGGUCGAAAGUCACGCUAAGGCACAAAAUCCGAGCGGACAAGGCACUGUUGAAAGCGUCCAAUGUAAUCCGUCGGAUGCAACCCUUGUGGUUAUAACAGGGCCCUACACAUUUCGUAUCAUGAAUGUCUCUGAGACUGUUUGGAGACAGUGGGGUUGGUGCAAGGCUGAAAAUAUCAACAUAACCAGCUGUAUGUGGUUGACAUCCGAUCGCAUUAUGUUCGGGACUGAUGCUGGGGUCAUCAUGGUAGUGGAGAAUGGUGAACUGAGACAGAACUGCAUAUUCCGUGCCACUGAAGUAACUGAGAUGUCAUUGAAGAAAGUUGACAUCGAGGCGACAGAAAGCGAAAAAACCAGUACAGCCAGCGCUGAAGCCACCCCAACUGAAUCAGGACUCGUGGACUCUGACAGCUGUCCAGUGAUGUGCUUCAUUAAUUUCAGCAAAGGAUUCGCUUAUGCUUGUGGCCAAGGAUAUGUUCAUAUGUUCGAGAAAGAGUCACCGCACCAUUGGCGGAAAAGAAAUUUGUUUAGAAUAUCAAAGAAAUCUUAUAAACAUACCCGAGAGCAUCCAUUGUGGUCGCCACUUGACGCUAUUCAACAUAUAACAAUUGAUCCGAAUCAAGAAACUCUUCUCAUCACAACUCUGAGAAAGCAGCUCUAUUACGUCAAAUUGUUCGGACAACAUAUGCUUCAAAAUCCAGAAAUAUCUUUUACGGAACUCGGUCCGGCUAUGCAUUACGGAAGAAUAAAUUCUCUCUCUAUGUGCGCGUGGAAACCAAUUUUCAUGACAUCCGGUGAACUGGACAAGAGUAUACGAAUUUGGAACUACAUGACUGAUGACGUUGAAUUGAUUAAACUAUAUCAAGAGGAGAUACAUUGUCUGUCUUUACAUCCUUCUGGGCUGUUCGCCAUAGUGGGGUUUUCAGACAAGUUACGAUUUAUGGUAGUACUAAUUGAUGACUUUGAAGUCAUGCGAGAAUUUCCUAUACGUAACUGCCCUCGUGCGAAAUUUAGCACCAACGGACACCUUUUCGCAGCUGUCAAUGGUCAAGUUGUGCAAGUUUUUUCUUCGGUUUCAUUUCAAAAUGUUUAUAAUUUGAAGGGCCAUAACGGAAAAAUAACGUGUCUGGCGUGGUCAGCCAAUGAUUUAACACUAGUGUCCUGUGGCACUGAAGGCGCUGUGUACGAGUGGAACAUGGCGUCAGGCCAACGAGUCGGCGAAGUUAUAUUAAAAACGAACCAAUUUAAAGCCUGUGCCGUGAAUAAUAACGGUAAAACAACUUACGGCGUUGGAAGUGACGGCGAAAUAAAAGAAAUCGGCUCAAAUACUAUUCGUAGAAAUCUUGGUUUGAUCGGAUGCGGUCUCGACACUAUAGUCCUAUCCCGUUCCGAUUUAAUGCUUUUCAUUACCGGCGGCGAGGGUGGUGUCACUGCUGUACAGUUACCAUUACUAGACAAGGCCAUUUACAACGAAUUUCAUAUGCACAAUAAAAAUGUAACCGCCAUUGCCCUGUCAUACGAUGACCAAACAUUAGUUUCUGUGGCUGAAGACUCGUCUAUUUGCUUAUGGAGAUUAACUAAUGCUGACGGAAGAGCGAUAGCUUUAGAUAAAGACUUCGCAUAUUCCAAAGAGAUUCUGAUCAGUAAAAAAGAUCUUCAAGAGAAAAUUAAUAGUAUUAAUUUACUCAGUACUAGGAUGAGUGAAUUGGAAACUGAACAUACAUACCAGCUACGCCAGGCUGAAGCAGCUCAGGCUGAGAAAUUAAAAGAGGUUCAUGAGGGAUAUUGUGCCGCUAUAGAGGAACUAAAAGAGAAGAACGAGCAAAUGGAAAAUGAACAUACCCACGAAAUUGGCAUGAUACAACAAGAUAUCGCAAAGCUGCGUUCGGGUCAUGAAAGAACCUUACAAGCUUAUGAAGCAGACUUUAAUAUUCGACUAAUAAGCGAAUAUGACAGAUACCAGAGUCUAGAAGACAAAACAGCUCGCAUGAGGAAAGAUUAUGAACAACGAUUAGAUGAUUUGGCGGAGAGCAAGCGGCAGGCUUUAAGAGAAUUGAAUAAAGCUUUUGAAGCGAGAUUAGAAGAAAAAGAUCUCAUGCUUCAGGAGUUACAAGAACAAGCUGAUAGAGAAAAGGAACAUGAAACUAUUAAGGCGUCUAUUGAAGAAGAUGCUGAUCGCGAGAUAAUAGAGAUAAGAACGGCCUACGAAGUUCAACUGAAAGAAGAAAAAGACGCAAAUGUCAGGCUGAAAGGUGAAACCGGUCUGAUGAAGAAAAAACUUAUAUCCGCUAAUAAAGAGAUCGAUGAAUUCAAACAUCAAGUUUCACAACUUAAAGCCGAACACAAACAGUUUCAAAAAGUAAUAUCGACUUUGGAACGAGACGUCGCUGAUCUUAAGAAAGAAAUAUCGGAGAGAGACGGCACAAUACAAGAUAAGGAAAAACGGAUAUAUGAAUUGAAACGCAAGAAGCAGGAACUAGAAAAAUACAAAUUCGUUUUGAAUUUUAAGAUAAUUGAAUUGAAAAAUCAGAUUGAACCCAAAGAAAAAGAAAUUCGGGAGUUAAAAGUUCAGAUUGAUGACAUGGAAAACGAAGAGCUAAAAUUAUUGAAUACUAAACAUGAUCUUGAACUUAAGAUCAAUCAGUUGAAUGAAAAGUUAGCAUCGGCCAAGAAAGAUUUCUUCAGUGAGGCGAAUCGUAAUUUGACUCUUAAGAACACUUUAAAGAAAAUAAAAAUUGAUCUUCACAAUAUGACGGCCAAUUUCCAAGAUCCGACUCAGCUUAAACUGAGCGUUAAGGCGCUAUUUCAAAAAUAUGUAGAGGACAUUGACUUUGUACGGAGUCGCAUGGCUGAGGAUGAGGCGAUAAGAGAAUUCAAUAGACAAAGAGAUCACCUUGAAAAGCAGGUCGCAGGUCUUAAAAUGCAGCUAUCGAAAUCACUGGAUGGGUCCAAGAGUGACAUUGGAAAGAUUAUGGAUGAGAAUUGCACUCUGUUAGGGGAAAUUAAUAAUCUUCGAAGCGAGUUGAAAGCUACCCGUACAAGGUGUUUUCAAAUGGAGUCUAUAUUGGGUCUGUCAGCGCGUUACAUCCCGCCCGCAACUGCGCGCGCUAAACUCAAACACGUCACAGAGGAGCGGGAAAAGCUUGAUGAGAAAUUUAAACAGAAAAUCGAAGAGAGAGAGGAAAUCAUUGUCGCUUUAAAGGAAGAAAAUGAUCGUCUCCUUGGAAAAGUAAGAUGUCCUGAUGAAACAGAACCUUCUGAAAAUGACACUGAAGAACAAUAAAUGUACUUCAAGCAGCUCGCGUUAUUAGCAAUACGAUUACGUAAUAAAAGAAAGAAUAGCCUACUUACUCUCUUUUUUUAUCAUUUGCUUCCUCAGUUAAUGAGAUGUUUUUCUUGAAAUGUAAGUUAGAUCCUCAAUUUUAUAUACCAAUAAUUUGCCAAGUUUAUUACCUAUGUCACAGUUUGUUGCGUAACUAAUCUAUAAAGUAACUACUUUGACACACAUUUAUUAAUUUGCUUCAAAUAAACGAGAAUACAUAGAACUGAAUACCUUCUUGUACAUACACAAUCUACAAACGGAGCGAAACUACACAUUUAUUCCAAUAUUUAAUAUUGAAUAACAUCUGGCGCUUUUAAUUUCUUUCCAAUCACUAAUGAUAUAGAUUAUUAUGACAAUUUUUUUAUUUAUAAUUCUCUUAAAUGUCCCAGGGUUCAUGUCACUACAUACAUGGCAUACAUCAUAACUAUGAACAGCAAUCAUCUCGGUUACCAGUUCACUUAAAUGCUUGAAUAACUGAUGAACAAAUUAGAAUUGCUUUACUAAAGUUCAAAUUAAAAUGUGUCCAAUUCUAGGUAGAUCGGGAAGUCUUCAUAUAUUAAAGUUUCAUUGAAUUUUGAAACUGGCCUUUAAAUACACUUUUUUUUGAUACCAAUAUCUGUUGAGUUUUCUUGUUGUUGAUUGAAGCAAGUAAUUUAAAGGAAUGAACACAUGCUAUAUAAAUUAUAACUAUUGUGUGACUUCAUAAGAUGUUGUUGGGUCAGGAAACUGAUAAAAUAA